CUGAGUAGGAGAUAGGCAGAAGCUUGGAGAGUAUCUGCAGAGAGCAUCUGCAGAGAGUAUCUGCAGAGGCUCAAAGUCCAGAGGCAGAACUACUGAGCUCCAUUUACUUCCUCAAGAGUCUGGGACCUAAAGGCUGAGCUCAACGACACUCCCAGGCAAGUCACUGAAGUUUUCCCCUUGCUCUGCCUCCUGACUUCUGCUCUUCCCUGACUGCCCCUGGAAAAUGGAACGAUCCUCACGAGAACUUUUCCUCAACUUCGUGAUCGUCCUGAUCACUGUGUUGCUCAUGUGGCUCCUUGUGAAGUCUUAUCAAGAGUGAAAGGCAUCAGAAACUCUGAGAGGUGAUUUAAGUGUGUCUCUCUGCAGGCAUGAGCAACACCCACAGCACACCACUGUAAUUAGCUUUCAGUCAGCUGAGAGUGUUGUGAAUCUUUUUUUGACUCUCACAUCUGUUGCUUGUGCUAAGGUUUGUGAUGGGUCUAUAUAAG